UUUUAAAAAACUCUGGUGAAAAAAGAGCAGGAAAACCGUUGCCAUGGUUACGAAAACGCUAUUUGUCAGGUCAGGAUUAGUGGGAGUUGUAGUGUUAUGCAAGAGCAUCUCCAUGUGCAAACAAAGCACAAUUUAUUUAUUUUUACUACAUUUCCCAUGAUUCACUCGGGCACGAAACGACUCACGCUGUUGGAUGGAUUAGGCGCUGUAAAGAGGUUGUUAAAUCUAUUUAGGACUGAAUAAAAAAAAAGUAUGAAAACUUAAUCCACCCGGCCUAAUGUUUUACGCGACAUUUUUAUUUCGUUUAAGUAUAACGUUUACUUUUACUCUCUGUAUUAAGUAAAAAUUCAGUCUAUUUGUAUAUCAUCUGAACUAUAUAACUUAGAAAUGGCACAUCCAUCACAUCGGCCUGAUAUGUUUCGAUGGAAAAGAUUUUCAAAACCUGGAACCCAAACAAACACCAAGGUGCAUCUGACUGAUGGGGAUAUAAACACGUGGAUCAAGAAGGUCGAGAUGGCAUCUGAGUUCGCCGUAUCUGAAGUGUUUUCAACACAGAAACCACGCACUGGUAAACUGAGCCGCACUGUAGCCCUGCAAAGCAUGGAUCAGCUCCAGGACCAUGAUGACGCAUACAGCGAAGCCCAGACUAUUCUUAGCGACUGGAUGAACAAGAAGCUGCGCCUAGAGCUCGAAAUGGACGAGGAAGACGAAGAGGAAGAGCAGACUGAAGAGGAACCUGCAAAAUUGAACUACACAAACUUUAAUGAUAUGUAUUCCCAACUUGCUGCUGAAGAUGAGAGCUUUGAGGUGCGCCACUUUCUCCAGGACUUGAUGGAGAUAGACGUGAUGGACCGUAAGACGGUACAGGGGCUCCGGCUGGACGUGGACGAUGAGAAGAAGAGAGGCCCUGACCCAAACGUCACUAUGGAGAUACGACACAAGCAGGUGAAGGAGCGGCGUGCACAGAGGGAUGCAGAGUGGGAGAGGCAGCGCAGGGAGCAGGAGGCUCAGAGGGAGGCGCUGGAGGAGGCUAAGCGGCUGGAGUGCAAGGAGCAGAGGAGGAGGAAACAGGAAGCUCAGAGACAGGAGGAGCUUUUGCAGCAGGAAGUGGUGCGCCUGCGCCGAGAGAUGCAAGAGAAGAAGAGAAUGGAGCAGCUGGCACGAAAGAGGGAACGAGAGAGGCUGGAAAAACAGAACACAAGCGUCAAGAACACUAUUACGCCAAAACCUGACUUUGUCACACAGAGGCAGCUGUGCCACAGAGAGCAAGAAGUGGAGGCCAAGGUCCACAUUCUCAACCUGCAGUGUAUGCAGAAGCACUUUUCUACCUGGUACUCUGUGGUGUUAGAGAAAAGGGUGCGGCUGGGUAAAGCAGCGGCACUCUGUGAUUGGAGGAGGCAGCUGAGGGCGUGGCGGGCGUGGAGGGCGCUGGUGUGGGUGAGGAGAAAAGAGAGAGAAGCUGAGAGGACGGAGGAGGAACUGAGACUGGAAAACAGACGCGGUCAGCUAGCAGAGGAGAGUGAUCGAAGACGGCUCCUGAGGCGUUGCCUGAGUGACUGGCGUUUGUGGUGCAGAAUGGAGAGGGAGUGGAGGGAAUUAUUCAGCCAGCAGGAGGAAACCAGGCAGAAAAUGGCCACCCUGAUCGAUGCAGCUGCUUCAGGGAAACUAACAACAAAGAACUGCACCGAACCACCAAUCACAGUUCAGCCAGAGAGCGUGAACCAAUCAGAAAGCACCGCUCAGCUGGUCCAGGUACCAGUACAAAGAGCCACCUCUGCUCCCCCUCCACCCACUUUGACUGACAGGAGAGCAGCCCCACCCACUCAGGCCUGGCAAGUGACUCGUCGUCACGCCGCACUCUCUUCAGCUGAGGCUCGCGAGGGGCGGAGACCGAGUGGCGCCCCCCGAUGUCAGAGCGCAGAGACGCGCGGUGGACGGUUUGAGCAUCGUCACAUGGCUCAGCAAAGGACCAUCGCCGAACAGAAACGCCUUCUUAAAGAACAGCAGGAUAUUAUCUCCGAGCUGCAGGAGAAACAGAACCUUCUGGAACUCAAACAGGAAGCAGAAAAAGCUGAACAGCUAGCAGUCCAGCUCAAACCAUCAGCAUCUCAGAAUGUUAUCAAGACAAGUCAUGGAUCAAAAGGAUCCUCAGGUGAAAGCAACACCAGACGUCCAGCCCCGAAAGAAUAUGACAGUCGUCUGGCCAGUCCUCACCCUGCACUACGAGCCAUGGAGGAGCGAGCUCGGCAGCGUGUGGAGCGCAGGAGGGAGGUGGAGGAGAUGAAGAGGAGGCGGGAGGAAGAGAAGCUGGCUCAGAUGAAGGCGGAGGAGGAGAAGAGACUGAGGCAGGAGGAGGAAGAGAAACGUGUAGAGGCAGAAAGGAGGAGGGAGGAGAGGAGACAGAAGAAGGAGAGGGAGAUGGAGAAGCAGAGGAGAACAGAGCUGGAGCAAAAGUUGUUAAAGCAGGCAGGAGAGCACUACCACCGAUCCCUGCUGCUGCACAGAGGAAUAACACCAUGGAGGCGGCUGGUGGAGCAGAGCCAUGCCAAUGCUCAGACAGCUGUGGCGCAUCACACACAGGUUCUACAAAGACGCUGCCUUAUGUUUUGGCUACACACAACAGGCGAGGCCCUGGCGAAAAAAAAGAGCCAAGCAGACCAGCUAUACGAGUGCAUUCUGCUCCGGCGAGCUCUAUACAGCUGGAAAAUGUUUAAGCACCUGCAGUCUCACCUGGAGGUACAAGCUGAGCACUUCUACACGACUCGGACUCAGAGGAAGGUCUUCAAGGCACUGCUGGAUCACGCAAUCCACCAGAGACUGGAGGCCUGGGACCGAGAGCAGCAGGCUGACGAGUACAGAGCCAGGCGAGUGGUGAGCAGAUGUUUCUCUGCUUGGCGGCGUCUUCCGGAGGCGCUGCAGGAGGAAAGAGCACGAGAGGAGCGGAGAGAGCAGCUCCGACGUAAAGUGGCCGAGAUCAUCCCGGAUUUCCGAUCCUCACCGCUGGACACCAUGUGGAAGCCGCCGUCACACAUCUGACAAAGACAAAACACCACCGUGCCCAAAAACAAUCUUUUCGAAAACUUAUUUCCCCCCCAAUUUGUGUGUCACAAUCAAUCUGAGCAGCUUGUCACUGAUGCAUCAUGGGACACAGAUCAGAAAGCAGAACACUGCUUGAUUAAAACAGACGAGACCUGUGUUAUUCCGUGAAGUCGUUUUUUGUUUUUAUUUUUU